GCUAACGCCAAUGGCAGCGUUUCAACCGGAAAAUUCCUCAGCGGCGGCUACGGAACUAAGGCAAGUUUUCGAGAAAUUUCAACAAAACGACAGGGAUCUCAAAAAAUAUAUAUAAACGUUGAAAAAAGCGCGACGUAUAAUCCAAAACGAAAUAUCGCCGAUUCAUCGAUUACGUUAGUCAAUUCCCUGAGCACUAUUGACCGAUUAUAUUCGAGUACUGCGGACGACUCACUCGCCAAAAAUUGUAGCGAGUAAAUUUUUAUUAAGUGAUGUUUAGAGUGAUGUUUUUUUGAGGUUAAGAAACCGGUAAAGCCGAAAAAUGAAUUUCUUCAAUCCUGCAACCACUCAAUCAGCUACUCCAGGAGCAGCAACCACAGGUUUCACGGCAGGUAUGACUGGAGGUGGAGAUGCCAAUAAAACUCUUCCAACGACCUUCUCCCUACCAGGAGCACAACCUCAAGCAAAACCUGGGGGAAUUUUCCCCACUGGUUUAACUAAUACUCCAGCCCCAGCUUUUGGAGCAACUCCAGCAGCUUUCACUGGUACACCAGCUGCUCCAGCGUCCGGUUUCAAUUUCGGUGGCACAUCAACUCCAAACACUGGACUGUCCUUUGUUCCUAAAAGUACGCCAACUCCAGCCACCACGAAGUUUACCCUGGGGACUCCUGCAGCAAGCAUAGCAGGCACUGCUCAGCCCCUGACAUUUGGAACACCUGCGACAUCAACUCCAGCAACCACAGGGUUCACUCUAGGUGGAAGUACACCAGCAACAGGUGGACUUACCUUUGGCCUUGCAGCCUCGACUCCUGCAGCGACUCCAGCAACUCCAGCAACCCCUGGGCUCACCCGAGUAACUCCAGCAUCUAGUGCAGCUCCUGCAUUCGCUCUCACAACUACCACAAGUGCUCCAGCUGCUUCGACACCUUUCUCUCUUGGCACUGUAGCUCCUGCCACGACUUCUUCACUUGGAUUCAGCCUUCCAGGGAUUACAUCGACUGCUAGCACUGGGUUUAGCCUAAGUAGCACUGCUCCCACGUUGGCUACAAGUUUCUCCUUGGGAAAGACCACUGCACCUACAAGCACUGCUGCAGUGACAAGCACGAGCACACAGCAAGUAUCCUUGGGGAGCAUUACAACGGUAACGUCGUCAACAGGUGCUGCAGCAACUGGUGGAAUGAAUUUCUGCCAGCUUGAGGAAGCAAUUAACAAAUGGACCCUCGAGCUCGAGGAGCAGGAAAAAUCAUUCGUCAAUCAGGCAACUCAAGUCAACUCUUGGGACAAACUCCUCAUUGCCAAUGGUGAAAAGAUCGUAACUCUGAACGAAGAAAUAGAAAGAGUGAAAACAGAGCAGCUGCAGUUGGAGCAGGAGUUGGAUUACGUCGUUGGUCAACAGAAAGAACUCCAGGAUUGUCUUGUUCCUCUCGAGAAGGAAAUGGCAUCCAUAUCGGUGUCAGAUCCAGAGAGAGAGUACACUUACAAUCUCGCGGAGAAUCUAGAUACACAGUUGAAGCAGAUGUCUGAGGAUUUGAAGGAGAUCAUCGAGCAUCUGAAUGAGGCCAAUCGGGCACAGGAUUCUAGUGACCCAAUUGUACAGAUUGGAAAAAUUCUUAACGCUCAUAUGAAUAGUCUCCAGUGGUUGGAUCAGAGAACGGAAAUACUGGGACAGAAGAUACAGCAGAUUGAUCAGAUGCAUCAGAACUUCAGAAAGGAGAACGAGAGGAGCUUCAAUCUUGCUUACAAUUAAGUUGUUAUUGUUGAUACUCCGAUUUAGGUGGGAUUUUCAGGAAUUAAUCGUAAUAAACUUUUCAAGAAA